AUGCCUCGGCUCGACGCCGCCCCAUUGCUGAGCUCCUCCAAUGCCUCGUCCAACACUCGCCGCCGCCAGCAUCACGCCCAGCAGCAGCAGCAGCUAUCCGGCCCUCCCGACAUCACCACCACCAGCAGCUCUCCCGUCCCGCGCCUCUCGUCCGACCGCAAGAAGCGCCGCAAAGCCCGCUCGCUCCUCCGCCGCCUCGCCCGCUUCUCCGCCCGCAACACCUGGGCCGUCCCCCUCGCGCUGCUCCUGUCCUUUGGCGCCGCCUACGCCGUCCACCCGGCCGAGUCCAACCCGGUCCACCACUUCAUCUUCCUCUCGUACCGCCAGCCGAACCCCCUCGUCGCCCGCAGCAUCGACUCGUCGCUGCCGCCGCACUAUGGCAAGGGCCUCUGGGACCUCGCCUUCGUGGCCUUUUACACCGUCGUCCUGUCCUUCUCGCGCGAGUUCCUCAUGCAGGAGCUGCUCAUCCCGCUCGGCCGCCGCAACGGCAUCAAGAGCAGAGGCAAGCUGCAGCGCUUCGCCGAGCAGAUGUACACGGCCAUCUACUUCAGCCUCAUGGGCCCGGCGGGCGUCUACGUCAUGAGCCGGAGCCCCGUGUGGUACUUUCGCACGGCGGGCAUGUACGAGGCCUUCCCGCACCGCUCGCACGAGGCCUGCUUCAAGUUCUACUACCUCUUUCAGGCGGCGUACUGGGCGCAGCAGGGCAUCGUGAUGCUGCUGGGCUUUGAGAAGCCGCGCAAGGACUACAAGGAGCUGGUUGCGCACCAUGUCGUCACGCUGGCCUUGAUCGGGCUGAGCUAUCGCUUUCAUUUUACGCACAUGGGCAUAGCCGUGUACAUAACCCACGAUAUCAGCGACGUCUUUCUUGCUCUCUCCAAAUCCCUCCACUACAUCGACAGCCCCCUCGUCGUCCCCGUCUACGUCUGCAACAUCCUCGUCUGGUGCUACCUCCGCCACUACAUCAACCUGCGCAUCCUCUACUCCGUCCUCACCGAGUUCCGCACCGUCGGGCCCUACGAGCUCGACUGGGAGACGCAGCAGUACAAGUGCUGGAUCUCAAACGCAAUCACCUUUGCCCUGCUCGCGUCCCUGCAGGCGCUCAACCUCUUUUGGCUCUACUGCCUGCUGCGCAGCAUGUACAAGUUCCUCGUCUACCGGAUCAAGAAGGAUGACCGGUCCGAGUCGAGCGGCGAGGAGGAGGAGGAGGGAGCCGAGGCGCUGGAGCGGGUUGAGCCUCCGGUGCAGAACGGGGUAGUGAGUGGCGUUGAGAAGCCUGCCAGCGCAUCUUCAUGAGGCUUGGCUUUCGAUAAUUGUACUCUGGACCCUGCCUGUCCUUGGCUCACGGACCGGUGCCGAUCUGGUAAUUAUGACGAGAACGAGCAAACAUCGGCCAGGCAAAUCAAUAUGCCAAACGCAAAUGGCAUACGAGUUUCAAAAAAUUGGCGGUACGAAGACGGUGGCGCGGCCUUUGGGGGGGUUCCUAUGCAUCUGGUAGAGGAUUGAAGCCAAGGCUCUGUACAUCUAGAGCUACCCUGCAUAGGU